AUGGAACGCGCCGAGGACGAACUCGAACGCAUCAUGUAUCGAGGAGCUCCUCCUAGGAAGCGAGUCCGCGAAGCUGUAAGCAGCUCGAGCAGCUCGAGCAGCACAAGCAACACAAGCGAUGAUGAGAGCGAACCCGGUUUCCUCAUCCCAGAUGAACCACCACCUCCAUCCCCGAAGCCUCUCCUCGCAACGAUGUCUUCGGGCAAGCAAGUCGUCGUUCCUCGCCCGAACCUUCCUAUCGCCCUCCAAGACGUCAUUGAGUUCCUGCACCACUUCAAGAUUUUUAAAGGUCUUAUCUCCGGAGAUUUUAAUAGAUCCCAAGGCGCCAUGCUUGCCGUUCUCACAAAAUGGAACUCGGUUUACAGCAUCGCCCAAGAUCCUCACAUGGAGUCCGCCGAAGCAAUAGGAGAGAAAGCCGGUAGCAACCUCGCCCUUCGUUGCAUCAUCACCAAACAGGAACGCCUCCUCAGACCUCUCUACGACUAUUUCAACAAUCUCGACCUUCAGGCAGAAAAGAACUUGAGAGACAUGACGGCAAAGGACAUGGACGAGUAUGCCGAGUAUGGCCCUAUUUCAUGGUAUCAUAUGCAGGCUAUGCAGCGCCGCUUUGCAUGCUCUGCCAAGGACGGCAUCGUCCAGAUCUCACGAAAGGAGCAAGCAAAGCGCGAGGAGGAAAAGCAGGCCGCGAAGCUUCUGGCAGAGAUUGAGGCAACGAAGGCGAUCGAGAAUCGUGGGGGUAUUGUGUUUGGCUCUGGUGGUGGCGCGCGUGGUGGAUUUGACUUCAAUAUGGAGGUUCAAGUGACCGACGAGUUCACCUUCAAGCCAUACGAGGGAGGCGAUCUGGGGGAGGUUGAAUUCGAUCUCGAUGGUACUCCUUGA